ACAAUGAACUCAGUUCAGCAAUAAAAUGAAUACUUUUUUCUUGUGGAGUUUAAAGAGGACGUAUUCUCAUAAUGGAAGUCUACUUUUUGCUCAUUGCACACUAGCUCGUUACGCUUGAUUGGAAUGCUUAACACGUCCUCAAGUGAAGACGACGAAUAUGUCAGUUCAGCAGGAAAUUUCGAGGAUGAGGACCAAGCGAGGAGAUGGUUAAAUUAUGAGGGUAGAAACAUCGAUACAAUAGAUCUGAUAUCGAAACAACAACAAAUGAAUACCCUGUUGCAUACUGAAUCAUUACUACCAAAUGAUAAAAUCAAUUUGAAAUAUAUGUCUAACAACCAAAGUCCUGCCAGCGGUUGGAAAAGACUGCAAUAUAAUCAAUAUACUCAACGACCACCACGAUUAGGUGAUUGUGCUGGGAAAAUCACUGAAUCACCAAGACUAGGUUAUCCAACCAAUUCAGAGUUGAAUUCUCAUGAUUCAGUUAUCCCAGUUACAGCAUCAACAACAACAACAACAUCAUCAACAGCAACAGGAACAGCAACACAAUUUAGUGUCAGUUUUGAAAGUCCUCUAGAAGCUUGUCCACUGGGGACACGUUUAAGUCCAGUCGGAAGUAGUUGUUGGUCAUCUGAACAGCAUAUUUCCCCUGAUUUAACCUCACUAAUGAGUAGUAGUACAAAUUCUGUAUCUGCUGGAAUCUCGCUAAGUUCAGGUCGUCAGCAUGCCUUGAAAUCACUGCUGCACAGACAACCAUCAGCUGGUACAGCAUGCUCUGGGGGUACGUUGUCUACAGAACCUGUACAAUCUGCUUCACAAUCUGUCCGAUCAGCUCCUUUAUGCGCUAGCCAGUUGACUCGAUCAAAAUGGAGUAAACAGAUGACAAUAAGUAGAAAUAUAAAUUCGCAUUAUUUUACACCCCCGCCUCCACCGUCUUUGGUAGUUAGUGAUCCAGAGGAAGAAAUGCAUAAUAAACGUCUACAGUUGUAUGUACUGGCUAUUCGAUGUAUUGCCUAUCCAUUGUUAACUGUGAAUAAUAGUGGACAGAAUAGACGAUAUCUACGUGUAACUAAAGAUUAUUUGAAUAUAUUAAAGGAAAGAUUUCAGUUGUAUUUACGUGGUGAAUUGCCUAUUAGUAGUGAUGAAUCAUUUCAUGCUGCUGUUAAUGAAUUCACUGAAGCUGUUUUAAAAAGUGAUCGCCUUUUAAGCAUGGUCAAGUCUGGCAGCUGUUCCAUGUAUGAUAUUCGAGAGAUAUUUAUUACACAUAUUGAAAAACAGUUUCAAGGUGUUCAACCAAUUGAAGGUUUAUCCAAAGAAAGUGUAUUAAGUUCAUGGAAAAUAAAAUUUGAUCAAAUAUGUCGUGGUGGUGAAGGACCAUGUCCUGAAGCAAUGAAAUUAGCUGUACCUCAACCAGAACCUGUAGCUUUAUCUAAUGAACAGUUAUACGAAUUAUUAAUGCGUACACUAUCAGUUGAAAAAUAUGAACAUCAAGUGUUAUAUAAUGCAUGUCAACUUGAUAGUGUAGAUGAACAAGCCUCUCAAAUCAAACGGGAAUUAUCAGAACGUUUACUACAGAUAGACAGAAUGUAUAAAGAACGUUCAUUCCCUAAAAUGGUACAUAAAGAAAUGGAAAUGCAGUACAUUGAGGAAGAAAAACUCAGGGUGAAUGGAUUAAUGCGACGUCUGGAUUCAAUCCCGGUAAUGAAAACUCAUUCAACUGCUGUCAGUACAGUGCAUAGACGUCUGAGAAAACAUCCAAUAAAAAGUAUCCUGGCUAAUUGGCAUAUCAAUGAUACACGAUCUAGUCGAUCAGAUCAUGACACUACAGGUUCAACAUCAGAUCUGUGGUCAAGACAAUUAGAGCUGGGUUCAUCAAGAUCAUCUUUAUCGUUGGCAGAUGAUAUUCAUUCACUGAAUGAAAGUGUACCGUCUUCUUCAAUGUUAACAAAUCAUGAAAUUCCAAAAGAAGCUAUGCAAAUUUGUUCAACGAUUGAAAUAUUAGUUCAUCAAGUGAGAAAUAUUCAUAAUCUACCUCGUACAAAAAAGUUGUAUUGUGCUGUAGAGUUGGAUUGUACACCUGAUCGAAAGAGAACAGAAUCUGUAGAAGUUAGUAAACCAGUGUGGAAUACUACAGCAGAGUUUCAGACAUCACAACCACUUCCAAUUGUCAAGGUGAAAGUUUUCAAAGAAUGCUCAGGACCCCUGACACUUGAUGAUAAAGAAUUAGGAAGAGUAACUAUCAAUAUAACUUGGUCAAGUCCACGAAAUCCUCUCUGGUAUAAACUCCAGACAACAAAACACUGUCAUGAUCCAUUGGAAUUACAAAUUUCCUUGUGUAUGCAACGUCCAACUAAUUGUAAAUAUGGUAAUUAUUGUUGGAUACAAGGGAGAACAACAUUUAAAAAAUGGAAACGACGUUAUAUAUGUAUUAUACAAAUAUCUCAGUAUACAUCAAUGCUGGCAGCUUAUGCUGAACAGAAAACUCAACCAUCUGAAUCGAUUAUCCUGGAUGGAUUCACUGUAGACUAUUGUGAACCAAGACCAGAUUUAAUAAAUCUGGCUACAUUUGGUCGAAACGGUAAACCAGAUCACCAUGCAUCGACAUCCUCGUUAACCUCAUUAUCACGACUUCGAUUUAGUUCACUGGCGCGAAUAGGCAGUCAAAGAAAUGUAGGCAGUGGUCCACUCGGUGUGCUAGAAUGCGAUAAUACGCCAAGAUUUUUCUUUAAACUUGUUCGAGAAGGUGAUACACUGAUUGUAGCCUCAUCGGCUGAAAUCGAUCGACAGAAUUGGAUACAGGCGUUGUAUAGGGCUACUGGUCAAACGCAUAAACCUACAGCGCCAGGAGCUGUUAGUAGUACAGCGCUAACAAAUGAUCAAGGCAAAGGUACUGCUGAAGUAGAAACUAGUCAAAUGAAAACGAUUGAAGAAUAUGCUUCAACCCCAGUUCAUACACUUGAUCAUUUAGAAUAUUUUGCUCUUCUACAAUCUUUAAGCUUAGACUAUCGUUUAACGGAUCCAUUUGUCUCACUUGGUUGUCUAAGUCCAAUACAACGUCAUCUGUUAGAUGAAUAUUGUACACGUUAUGGGAUACGUGAAUGUCAGCGGCAUUUAGCCAUGUUAAUUAAUCUGCUGAACAAGAUAGAAAAUGGUAUGACUAUAGAUCCUGAUCUAAUUCAUAUCAGUUAUGCGUUGUGUGCUAAUCAUGUCAGUGGGAAGGCUCAACACGAUCAAGCUGUACAUACAGUAUUAGCAGUGGAACGUGAUCAAUUCCAGGUGAUUAAGGCUAGAUUAACAACACUGUUGGAGAAACAGAUUACUGAAUUUCGUUAUUGUUUUCCAUUUGGACGUCCAGAAGGAGCUUUGGAGAAGACAAUAAGUUUAUUGGAAAGGGUGUUGACUAAAGAAACCGGUGAACCUGUACCAACUGAAGUUAUACGAAAUGCAAUUCGUAAUUGUUUAAGAAAUGCAGCAGUUUUAAACUAUGAACGGAUAUCAGAAUAUGUUAUGAUUGAAGUUGUUACCGGUCCACGUAUUAAAGGUGGUAAAAAAGAAAAUAAGAAAAUCUGUGAAAUGUUUCAUUUAGCUGAACUUUGUAUUGAAGUUUUAAAACAGAAUGAACAACAUCAUGCUGAGUCAUUCGCAUGGUUCAAUGAUCUUUUCAUUGAACAUACAGAAAAUUUUUGGUAUCUCUUUCAAAUGGAUCUAUUUGAACUAUUGGAUAGAUUACCAGAAGAUUGUUGGGAAGUAUUUGAUUUAUUUCAAUUGCUUAAUAAUUAUCUUUUAAGUAAUGCUAAUUUAUCUAAUGGUCGAUUUCAUCAAGAGUUAGCCAAUCGUUUCACGCCUUUAGUAGACCGUUAUAUUGGACUAAUGUCAGAUUCUGUUGAGCAUGCACUGAUAGAUGGAUUUAAAAAUGAACGAUGGACUCCUGCAACGAAAUUAAACAGAAAUGAAGGUACAAAAGAAUUUCUUCAUGACAAUAUCUCCCAGCUGCAAAUUAAACCUGAUGCAUCAACACGUACUCGUCAUUCAUUAGCUUCAUUUAAUAAAGGUGAUGUUGGAAAUAUCAAUGAAACACGAUCUUUAAAUAUACCAGUAGUUCAUCAUCCUCCACCUCCAGCUCCACCUCAUCAUCAACAUCAUCCUCGUCAGCUAGAUAUUGAUUGGAAUCCAUCACUGUUGUGUACAAGUGAACAGUCUCUAAAUACUAAAGACAAGGCGAAAUUGUCAACGGCGUCAACAACAGCAAUCACAGAACUUUUUCAAUAUUCAUCCGGGAAUUUUAAUAUAACCAAUAGUCAAACAUGUCAAACUGUUAUUGACUUACUAUGGAGAUUAUAUAAGCUAAAAAGAUUUGUACAAGAAUUGAAUUGGCCUCAGGCGAAUAUAGCUGAUGCACUUGAUGAAAGAGUACGUGUGUUGUGUGCACAAAUGCUUAGAGAAGCUGUAAAACGUACACUGAUUGAACUAGAAUCAAUGGUACGAAAAUGUUCUAAAACUGUAGAUUUAAUCCUUCCGUUGGAAUGUUACACAAUGUUAAAUACAAUCAGUGAAUUAAGAGCUCAUCUUUUCAUAUUAUGUCAGCCAGUAAAACAAGGAAGUUUAUUGAAUAAUACUAUUACUACUAAUACUAAUAAUAAUAAUAAUAACAGCAGUAUUAAUAACUGUGACAACAGUGGAUGGUCGUAUCGUUCACCAAUUAGAAAUGCCAACCAAUUACAUAUGGAAACACAAGAAUUCUUUGAAAAUGUACAAAGAAAUAUGAUGGUUAUCAUUAUCGAUCAAUUUAUGACUGUAUUAAAUGGUGUCCUCAAGAAGUUAACCAGAUUCGAUGAAAAUAAACUAUUGUCUUCAAUACUUGUCCUAACUAAACCUACCGAUGAAGAAGGUCAAGCCUAUGGAACGUUUCUUCAUGUAAAUUUACAGAAUUUAAGUGAAAAUCUAAUCGAUGAAGUUUCAAUGCUAUCGAUGCUGGAAACAUGGUACACACGUCAAAUGAAAGCUGUCUACGAUUGGCUUAUCCAGCGUAAGAGCAUCCUACUUCAUCCGCAUCAGAUUAAAUUCUUAUCAGUUAUUGUUAAAAAAAUAUUUAGUGCCUUCGAAUUACAAGGCUUAUCGAAAAAUGUUCUCAACACUAUUGUAUAUCAAACAGUAAUUCAAAGAAUUCAGGUUGAAGAAACAACCCAAUGUGUUAAAAAAGAAGCCAGUUCCAGUGGUAGUUCAUCCAGUUCAAGUCGAAAUAAAAUAUUAACUAAUCUUGGUGAAGGAUUAACAGCAUUCACUGGAAGUCCUAUAUUUCAUAGAUCCUAAUGUUGUUGUUGUUGUUAUGUGGUAAUCACGGUAUUGCUCGACCAUGACAAUGGCGACGACGACGACGACAACAACAGGAAGGCGAAGAAGAAGAAGAAGACCAAGAAGCAUAUAGGAUGCAUCACUGUUUGUUUGUUUAUUGCUUUUUUUGUUAUACAAGUAUUUGACAGUAUUCUUAUCCAUCCUUCUUAUUCUGUAAUGAAUACCUUCCAGUUCCAGUACUAGUCGAAUCUUUCCACUACACACACACACACACACAUGAGAUUACACAAUACACCAUCAAGUCUUUCAUCAAAUGCUGAAAUCAGAAGACCAGCUAUUUUUGAUAAAAUAAAUCUAUACAAAUAUUAGAUAUACGUAUAUAUGUAUAUGUACAUGUAUUUACUUAUGUGCUUAUGUAGUAUAAAAGCUUAAUGGGAUAUGUGGUAUAUUAUUUCCUUUGUGUGUUUCUAUGUUUGUGCGUUUCGUUUUGUUUCGUGUUUUUUCUACACACACACACACACACACACACACAAACACAAACAAACACAGACACAUAAAUAUGCGCCUUAUUUAUUUAUUUAUGUAUUUGUUUAUUUUGAUUCAGAGAAGAGGAAAAUUUUUAAAAAAAAAACAGCCAAAACUAUUCCUACACUACUGCUAGUGGUAUUUUGUAUACUUUACAAAACAUUACGUAAUUAUGUGAAUAAAUUAUAUAAGCAAUG